AUGUCCCAACAAGCCGAGGAACAGGCACCGGCCUCGCUCUGGACGAGUCCGGCGCAGUCGCAGGUCUCACAGUUGAUUGCUCCCUCUACCCCCCUCGACACCAUCAAGACCCGACUCCAAAAAGCACGCGACCACACUGCACCGCAAACUUCCCGACUCACACUACGCCAGACAGUCCGCGGAAUCUACGCAGGUCUACCAUCCGUCCUCUUCGGCUCAGCCCCCUCCGCCGCAUCUUUCUUCAUAGUCUACGAUGGCGUCAAGCGCUCCCUCCUCCCCUCCACCCCGGACUCCGCACCCGCUUCCCGCACCCAUGUCUUCUUCACACACUCAAUCGCCUCCUCACUAGGUGAAAUCGCUGCCUGCGCCGUGCGCGUUCCGACAGAAGUCGUCAAGCAACGAGCUCAGGCCGGUCUCUUCGGUGGCUCGAGUCGUCUCGCACUAAAGGAUAUCCUCUCUCUCCGCCACGCACACACCACCUCAACAACCCCAAUCCCAGCCGCAGGCACAAAUGCCAUUAUCCCCGGUUCCAGUCCCAGUCCCAGUCCUCAACCCCGCGCCGCGAAGGGCGGAUAUGGCCAGGUCUUCCGUGAACUGUACCGCGGAGCCGGGAUCACGAUCGCGCGCGAGAUCCCAUUCACCGUCCUCCAAUUCACCAUGUGGGAGACGAUGAAGGAGAACUACGCACAGCGAUACCUGAGGUUCAAGGACGCUAGCUCGGGGAUCGUGAAGCAGGAGCAAAUCCCCGCUUCCACCAGUGCGAUGUUCGGCAGUGUUGCCGGUGCGAUUGCGGCGGGAUUGACCACUCCGCUGGACGUGAUUAAGACUCGGGUCAUGCUUGCCCGACGUGGCGAUGGUGGCUUUGACGGGCCGAUUCGAGUGAAGGAUAUUGUUAGGGGAAUUGCGCAGGAGGGCUUUGGCGCUUUUUGGAGGGGUAUUGGGCCUCGUGUGGCUUGGAUUGGAAUUGGUGGGGCUGUUUUCUUGGGUAGUUACCAGUGGGCUUGGAAUACCCUUGAGGGGAAGAGGCAGGAAAAGGAGGAGCGGGAGGAGAAGUUGUGA